GCAGUUUGUGCCGAUCAUGAUUCUCAAGAAAGUGAUGAUUUGCUACCUCUUACUCAUGCCUAUAGCUUUAGCUAUGAAGGCUAACAAUAGCUGUGCACCCUCAAGUUCACAACCAGCUGACGAAAUUUGUCGUUAUCUGUUUUCCAAGUGCCAAGAGAUUUCCAGCAAGGAUGCUGUAACCAUUACCUGUCAAGGUAACAUAUCUCAGCCUACAUGCACUCUUUGCACUACUGCAACUGGACAGAAAACAAUUACUCUAAUAUACCAAAAAGACUCAUGCCUACUUUCCUGUGAAGAAUGCAAUUGCUCAUUGACAUCUACUGGUCCAACACCAACCAGCUCUGUUAUUAUCGGGUCAUCAUCUUUACAACCAAUCACAGUAAGUGGAGAACCAAAAGUCAGUCAAAAAUUUGUCUAUUGACCAAUCAAAUGUACCCCUAUUUCAGUGGACUGAAUCGACAACGACACUCUCACAGACCAUGGCAGCACCUUCUGGUAGUUUCAGUUGGCAUGGAACCACAAUGCCAGUGACUAUGUCACAGAACACAGCUGUUCUAUCAGAGUCCAGUAGAAGAUCACCUCAUAUAACUGUGUCUAGAACAACAACUCUAAGAUAUGCAACCAUGACAAAACAAGAGACUCCAUCAAUGUCACCUUCACCUGAGCCCCCAAGAGAGAAACAAAUAGACCUCUUUGUAUUGGUGGGGGGUGCUGGAGGGACUGCUCUACUGUUAAUUCUCACUGGGAUCAUCAUAUUGCAAUGUGUCAUACUUUGCCAGAAGAAGAAGAAGAAGAAACAACACUCAGAGAGAGAAGGAGACUUGGUUGAAAGAAGAAUCAACGUGUACAGUGAUUGCCCUUUAGUGGCAGCUCCCUAUGAGUCCCCGGGAAGAGGUUUGAGAAAUGAGAGAGCACACCUCACCACCAAGGAGCUAGAUGAACGCAUAGGCCAACGGUCUGCUCCAUCAACAGCAUCACUCUGUACAGUGACCACAACUAUAGAGGAAGAGUACGCUGUUCCACAUGCCCAUAUCAAACACAAAAGAUCACAGGGACAGAAUGGAAAGUGUGUGCUCCCACCGCUAAAGCCAGGCCCACACAGGGCGAGUUAUCCCGUGCUGGACCGUGGUGAACAGACCACCAAAAUGGAGGAGGAUUACUCUCUCCCACAGGACCACAUUAACCACAAACUCCCUCGCAACAAAGGUGGCAGAUCCGUCUUGCCCCAGGAACACGGCAGGCACAGAAACAGGACAGGUAAGCCAGCAGUACACUCUGUUGCAGAGUCGAGUCAAGCUGAUGGCGGGGAUCAUGUUUACUUCACUCUGGAGCCACCACGUGAGUGGUUGGAGAAGAGCUGUGGAGAGGCCAAGAAGGUCACUUCAUUUAAAUGACUCUGAGUUCCAAAAGAAGAGCACCUACUGAAACACCAGAAACUCUUGCAACUUUUUUGUUUUUAGUAGGUAGUGAGUGAUACAUUUGCAAUAUGGCUGUUUACAGUGACUUGAAAGGCACUGUGAGUUCGUUUUCCUCCCACUCAGUUGCUUAUCCUUUGUAACAGCUUUUUCAGUAAAUGGAAGUAUUUUGAAGGCCAACAUAGUACAUGUUUGUUUUGAGAACAAUAACUUGUUUAUGCACGUACAUUAGCAACCGUGAUAAACAAGAGAAGUACUAGACCAUUAUAGCUUGGUUGUUGGUGAGUAGUUGUACAGACCACGACUGCGUGAGGUAGUGCAUGGUAAUAACAGCAGAUGAGGAAAGAGAGAGGAACCGGGAGAGCUAUGAAAAGGACCUUGCUUAUAUUUCUGCUGACACUUCUCAACUGUGCUGCAUCCAGUGGGCUCCUGGCACCACUUGAAAAUGACUGCGGUGAAGAGGGCAUUAGUGGCAGUGGUAGCGAUGCCGGUAGCGGUGGAGAUGAGACAAUCGAUACGUUAUGUCCGACCACCACAUACAGCACCUACGUCCAUAACACCAAACCCAUGUCUACUCAUCUUCCAAGUUCAGAAAACAGUUUGGUUUACAAGAUCUCAGCCUCAGCCUCAUCUAUGACCACGUGUGUUAUCGAGUGAAGGACAAUCUGUGUACUCCUCUGGAUUUAGGGAGCCAACUCCAAGUUCAGAGUCUCACCCAAACAAGUUUACAGACAUCCUUAUUUGGCCCAGUGACGUCAGGUGUAGUGGCUACUGGUAUUGGAGUCACGUCCACAGAGCUUUCACUGUUUUCCAAAAGCCAUUCAAGGUUUUCUCCCAAAGUCAUCACACCUACAGUUGCAAUUACAAUACAGCCUAUCCCGUCUAGUUCAAUGCACCAAACAACGUCACCCACUCAGACUGCCUUAGUAGAGCCCACCAUUGCACGUAUGCCCACAGUCACUCCUUAUUCAGUGCUGUCACCCUCUAUUGUUGUGCACCUGAGCAAUGUAGAGGUGACAGAGACACUACAAAUGACAACUCACCCACGGCCACUGCCCAGCAGUCACAUGACAACUCACUCACCCACACAAGCACUCACGGCAAGGUCAGAGGACAUAGUUACUCAAUCAACAGCAAUGUCUACUGAUCCAACGGUGGGAACAGCAACUGAAAAUUCAGCCAGCACUGGCUCACGUCCAAUAAUAUCACUGGAAGUUGGAGAGGAGUCUUCCACUACAUCCCUGUAUACUGCAGUGGGUAGUAGUGUGGGAGGGUGUGCCAUUUUUGCUGCAGUUGCCAUAGCGUUAAUAGCAAUCAUAGUUGUGUUGCACAAACGGCGUCGUCAUUUUCGGGGUACUAAGUACGCAAUAGGGGGUACUCUGAAAAGAUCGGGUAUGACUAGAGACAGGAGUGCUGAACUCUAUCUUCGAAUGUCUCAGAUUGAUGGCCGUCUCACUACUCAGCCGUCGAAGAGCAGUUUGCCGUCAGCAAACGCUGUAACUCCUCCUACCUUGACCAGGGACCCAGAAAGAAAGAUGUUUGACAACACCAUGGAUACAGCCUACGACUCAUCGACAUUUAAAAGAUCCAAGCCUGUGACAAAGUCCGGAAGCAACGACCAAGAAACUCACAGGAGAGAAACUCCCACAACUGAAGGAGCACUAGCAGACCAUUUUCAACGGCCAGGAGAAGAUUCGAACAGCCACAUUAACCCAAAAAGGGACGCUGCCUUCAAAUUACAGCCGCAUACAUCCCAGCAGCAUUCGUCCCAGCCUUCUACAUCAGGCGAUGAAGAGCUGGUGACAAGUGGAAAAGGACGGACAGCCGAGAGCUCUCAGAAGGACGUCGAUGAUUGCGAGAGGGAAGAUAAGCCCUCACAAACCUGUAUCAACGCUGCCUCUUCAGAUAUGACAGCAGAAACAGAUGAAAAGGAGAUUGUUGUGGGAUCCCUCAGUGACGAAAGAAACGAUGAGUACCCCACCUUGGAGGAAAGGGACGAAAACCGAAACAGGACACCCACAGAGAAAGAAGAUGUGAACAAAGGAAGAGAAGUUGAAGCAUUAGAGUAUUCUCAGUGUGAACCACAGUUUGCAGUAAACAGAGGAGAACUAGAAGAAGGAAGUCUCCCACAGUGUGACACAUAACCAAAAUAGCCACGGCACAUUUUGUUUUAGCGAGUUUUGUAGUGAAUUCACUUUGUAGCUAACGAGUAUUUGUUUAUUCAAAGAGCAGCUGAGGUAUGCAUUAUGGUAUCUGCUGUUUUGUCUCAAUCGCAUGUGUUGACUUGUAAAAUCUCCAAACGAAAGGUUGCGUAGAAACGGCGGGCUUUUGUUUGGAACAAUAGGGCACGUGGACGCAGGUAAAAAAUGAGUA